AUGUCCAAUACCUGGUGGUCGCAGUUAAGCAAGCAGCAGGGGGAAGACCAGGAUGACCGUACUGUCGAGUCACAGCUCGGCGAAAAGGAUCAGAAGCUUCACAAGCAACCCAACGAUGAUUCUGACUUUAGUCCUGGAGAACUGACCUUUGAAGAAGAUACUGCGGGAGGCAUGGGUCGUCACCUUGGUGUAACAUCUUGCACUCUCCUUAUCGUUGGAAAGAUUAUCGGCACCGGCAUAUUCUCAACACCGUCCUCCAUCCUCUCCGGUGUGGGCUCAGUUGGCGCCUCCCUCAUGCUCUGGGUCCUCGGUUUCUUGCUUAGCUUCUGUGGACUCUUCAUAUGGCUCGAGUUCGGCACCAUGUUCCCUCGUAGUGGUGGAGAGAAGGUAUACCUCGAGGCCGUCUACAGAAAGCCCAAGUACCUCGCCACCAUAGUAUUUGCUGCCAAUGCUAUAUUACUUGGCUUCACUGCGAGCGGUUGUAUUGUUUUUGCUAGCAAUAUCUUGGUUGCCGCUGAUCAACCAGUGGGUCGCUGGAAUGAGCGUGGAAUUGCACUUGGAGUCAUGUUUUUCGUAACCCUUCUACACGGAUUGGCCCCCAAGACUGGGGUACUGAUCAUGAACUUACUCUCGAUAUUCAAGAUCGUAAUUCUUGUAUUCGUGGUGGUCACAGGCUGGGUAGUUCUCUCUGGCAAAACCCGCGUCACGGAUCCGUACUUUAAUUUCAGAAAUGCAUUCGCGGGGAGCUCCACGAGUAGCAACGACUAUGCUACCGCUACCUUCAAAGUCCUGUACGCAUAUGGGGGAUGGUCCAAUGUGAACUACGUGAUGAACAACGUCCAUAAUCCAGUGAGGACGCUCAAGAUCGCAGCCCCGCUCGGUCUUGGUAUAUGCGCCGUUUUGUACCUGCUUGCAAAUGUAGCUUAUUUCUCGGCUGCAACCAAGACAGAGAUUGAUGAGUCUGGCGUUACUGUCGCUGCUUUGUUUUUCGGAAAUGUCUUUGGUUCUGUUGCAGAGCGUGCGCUAUCGGUUUUCAUUGCUCUCAGUGCUCUUGGAAAUGUUAUCACUGCGACUUUUUCCGCGUCACGAGUAAACCAAGAGCUCGCAAAGGAAGGGAUACCCUUACCAUUCGGAAACAAAUUCUGGGCUUCAAAUUGGCCCACUGGAAAGUCCCCACUUCCGGGACUGAUCAUCCACUUGAUACUCUCUGUUAUUGUCAUCAUCGCGCCUCCCCCAAACAUUGCUUACCCCUUCAUCUUGGACGUUGAAGGAUACCCACAACAAAUCAUAAAUUUCUUUAUUGUCAUCGCUCUGUUCUAUUUGAGAUGGAAGAAGCCAGAUGCUGUUCGGCCAUUCAAAGUAUGGUGGCCUCUUGCUGUAUUCUUCCUGGCGGCUGCUGCCUUCCUCCUCAUCGCUCCCUUCCUGAAACCAGCCAAUGGCGUCGGCGACACCCCACCACUACCAUAUUACCUGUAUUGCCUCGUCGGAAUCGCCGUCAUGUUCGCAGGCGUGCUGUACUGGGCUGCAUGGCGAAUCGUACUGCCCAAGGUAUUUGGCUAUGAGCUUGUACCGAGGAAGGAGAGAUUGGACGACGGGACUGUUGUCACUGUAUUUUCGAAUAAGAAGAUGCAGUGA